AUGAGCAAAGAGGCAAUUUCAAGCACCAACAAUGGUUUUUCUGGCAAGGGGAUGUGCAGCUGCACCUCUUUGCUCCUUAACAAGUCCGCUAGUGCGCACACACACACAGAUAAACAAAGAUGCCGUGCUUGUGGGGGUAACAAUGAGGAAGAUGUGGCUGGGUGGGUGGUCUUAGGUUGGACUGUUGAGAAGUUUUGGGAGGGGGGGAGCUACGGGGAGGGUGGGUUCAGGAAAAAAGUGGUCAGAUCAAGGGAAGGGCAACGACAAAGGGAUGGAGGUGGUUGA